UAACAUUUAAAAAAAAAUUGCCGCCACGUUCCACGUGAACAUAUUUCAGCAAUGUGAUUCACGUAGUAUUAUUAACUAAAAACAGACCACGAGCGUGCAGUAAAUUGUAUUAACGUUUGCUGAUAAACAGAAUAUUGUGAAUUAUAUCGAACACCUGUUGGAAAUAAAAAAAAAAUUAUACAUUUAUUAUAUUAAAGUAUUCGCGGCGGCUCAACAUGUGAGGUUAAGCCAGAGCAGACAAACAGACGGCGAAGGCGAGAAAUAAACAUUGAAAGGAAAAGCAACGGACUAUUACAUUAAAGUGCAGAAAAGUGAAGAAAGUGCAGUGUGCAAUUCGAAAUCGUUUAAAGCCAAGACAUGGACUCGGGCAUGUUGAAUGUAUUCCAUGAGGAUCCGUUUGAAGGAAAUUUCGCCAAGUACGAGACGGAACCAAAUUUCUGGACAGCCAAUGAUGAUGAGCUGCAGCUAACGGAUACACUAAAUGGAAUUUUACCCAUAGCGCCAACUGAUGUAUCACUACUCAGCAGUCACCAUGGUGAGGAAGAUGAUGACGAUGAUGAUGAUGGCGAUGGCGAUGGUGAGGACCAUGGGGGAAACAGAAAAAACUUGCAGCUGAUCUUCAGUGACUAUAUGGAUCAGGAAUCGGCCUAUGAGCAACAUAGGCAAUUAAGUGCGCUGGUGGAAUAUGAACGAAAGGCUAUGGGAAACGACGACGAUGAUGCCCAAAGUCAGUGCAGCAAUUCGACAUUUCGCACUCGCACUGACAGCUCCUCCAUUGGUGACUAUGAAUCGCAUACCAGUGACUAUGAUGACGACGAAAACGAUGCACCGGAUCACAAUGAUCCGGAUCCGGAUGGGCAGCGCAAGAAUCGAACUCUGAGUACCAAUACCAUUGCCUCGGAAACCGAUGCUUUCGGUCUAAAUAUUGAUGUUAACAACUUUGAUUUGGCCGAGUUCAUCACCAAAGACGAUUUUGCUGAAAACUUAAAUACAAUUCGCUUAAAAGAGAAAAAAUCACAGACACCAGAGGCAUCUCCGUGUGCUGCUCCAAAGCCAGGUGCAGUUGAGAUAACUGCUAACGCUUUAAUUCCGGCAGUUGCAGCGGCAAUCGAUGAUGACACGGACUCCAUUAUAGAUGUCGAAACGGUAGAUGUCAUUGAUGUAGAUGAGUCCGUGUGGCGGGCAAAAAACCAGACCGCAGGACCAGAUGAUCUGCGUUAUGUGGACAAUGUAAAGUCUGAUCCCUCUUGGUCCCCAAAAUCAAGCGCCAGUAAAAAGACCAUUGCUUCCGGAGUUCACAAAGAGCCAAAACUCAUGCAGGAUAGUCAGCAGAAACCCGUAGCUGCAGCUGUAAUCACCACAGCAAAGCCUAAAUCCAGUAACAACAUUUGCCUGGUGCCCAGCAAAAAGCAAUGCGACUUUCUGAAACGUAAAGUCAAUGGCGGCAGAUCGACCAAGCUGAUGGCAACUGCCAAAAAAGGGCCAGAGGCUCAAAAAUCUGGUAUAAGCAAGCAACCAAACAACACGCUGUCCGCAGCUCCAUGUAGCAGCUCACUCACUGGUUUGGGAUUGGGCGGCAAGAAUCUAGCGCUACUCAAGCACGAACAAGAGGCUGCGGCCGCAGAGGCAGUAGCAGAGCAGCUGCCCAAAGUUGCCCCGCCAAAGCGUAAACUUAAUCUGGAGGAAUACAAGCAGCGUCGAAGUGGCGGAGUUCUAGCGGCCAAACCUAAGGCUGCUCCCACUGCCACAUCCUCUCCUACUCCAGCCAAACAGGCAAGAAUUGAAAAUACGGCGACGACGACGGCGGUGGCGAAACAAUUGGUCCAGCCUUUGGUACAGCCAUCGCCGCAGAAACUGGCGAUUGCCAGUAUUGUUAAUAGUCUGAAGUGCCCUGAUAAAGUCCCGGUUAGCAAUGUACCCAUGGAUCCAAUUACCAUAGCAAAGAACAAAGUGCUACGCAUGCUGGAAAUGAAACGAGCACAACAAUUGAAGAUAAUCGAUUCCCGUGUCAAUGCAAAGGUACCGCGAGUAACAAAAUUACCACCCCUCAAAGACAUUGUCAAAGACACAUAUUGCAUGGUGCAGGAGCAGGAGGAGGGGGACGAGACUGUCGCUGAAACGAAAUUGGACACAAGCAUCAGCAGCAAGCCAAACAACAGUUUGCAUCCAGACUAUGAGGAAAUAAUCAUCGUUUCGGUUGGAUGCAAUACGGAAAUUACGAUACCACCAAAUCAAAUGAGCCGCACCUCCCCCCGUUCGUUGCUCAAGUCGUCGGUGCUGUUGUACAACAUUUCCAAUAGCCAAGAUGCCAACAAGAAUAUUAACAGCUCCCUCAUAGCGAGCAUACAGAGUGAGGUGGUCAAGCAGACCAGUUGCACAACUCUUAAAAAGCCAACAGCACCAUGUGAGCCAGCUGGUGAGUCCGAGUCCAGGCAACAUGGCGAGGAUAUGGUCAUUAUGCACUUGCCCAAAGAUCGCGUCCGCAAGCCUUUAUCUAGCAUGUCCACUCAAACAGAUUUGCAACCCGAAUUUCCAGUGCUCACGACGGUCUAUACCAAACGCCAGUCGCGGCAGCGCCUGCGCAAAAAUCGUAAUUAUCGUCAGGUUGUCAGCCAAUCGGGAUCAGAGGGGUCUAGUAGCUCGAGAGGGUCCUCAUCGUCGAGCUCAAGUAGUUUGGAAUCCUAUAGAAGCCGUUCCCGUUCACGUUCCAAUUCCCUAGAGCAAUUGCGUCAUUUGGACAGCUUAGCUCCAAACAGUAGUAUUGCCCAUGGUGGCUACUCAUCGCGCAGUACACAUCGCCAUCGCAGCUCGGUCAGCUCCUCAUCCUACUCGGAAGCUGGCAAAUAUGAGAGACGUCAACGUCGCACCAGCUACAACAAGCGUCGCUUAAAAAAUCCCAACGCUCGGACCAGCAACUUUUCCAGCUCGGGCUCCGAUGUCAGUGAUCGUGAGCGUAGCCGUAGUCCAAUUCGAUCAUGUUCCCGUGCCAGGUCAAACAAUAACAACAACAACACCAGCAACAACAACAAUCGUCGGGCAUUCGUUGAUCGAAAUGUAUCACAACCGGCGGUGGAAGAGCGUCGCAUUGUCUAUGUGGGCCGCAUCGAGACGGAGACCACCAAGGAGAUGCUGCGCCGUAAGUUUUUGCCCUAUGGCAGCAUUAAACAAAUCACGAUACACUACAAGGAGAAUGGCAUGAAGUACGGAUUUGUGACAUACGAGCGAGCACAGGACGCCUUCACAGCCAUCGAUACAAGUGCCAGGGAUCCACAAAUCAAUAUGUAUGACAUUAGCUUUGGCGGUAGACGUGCCUUUUGUCGUGCCUCCUAUGCCGAUUUGGACAAUGCCGGAAUGGAUACUUACCACUCUUAUGUGUAUCCAAAGUCUGCUCCAGCUCCAAAGCCGCAGGAGGAUUCCUUUGAGGCUCUGUUACUUAAAGUAAAGGCCAAAUUAAAUGCUGGCAAACCAGAUGCCGCGCAACCAGAACAGUCGGGCACAACUGCCACAACACCGAGUAUACCACCCGAUCACAACAAUCAGAUUUGACAUCUUUUCUCCGAUUCGCCCCUUUUUGUAUUCUUACAUGAAGAUAUUUUGGCAUAACUACUUUAUCCUAGAUGUUUGUGAAUUGAACAACUAGACCCGAAUACCGUAAAUCAAUAAUUGUACAAUCUAACUGAGAAGCCUGAUUAUCAUUUGUAAUUUAUUGUAAAAAAGUUGACAUACAUAUUCAUAAAGCAAGAGCCGCCAUGCAUUGCAAGUGAUUGCAAUAAGUUGUUGAGUGAAACUAAAAGAAAUCAUGAAACUGAAAACAAACGAUAAUGGAAAGUGAAUAUGAAAUUGUGAUAAACGCGUAAUGCAUACAAAGUCAUUUAUUGCAUUAAGUUAGCAGAAGGCCACAUAGAACUAGAAUAACAAAUCCACAAAGAGAAAGCAAAGCACAUGUCUAACUAAAAUAUCCAAAAACUAAAGCCAAACGAAGAACUACAACCACAAAAAACAUAACAAACGGAUAGAAAACAAAUCCCCACACAAAAGUACAUACACAUAUGUAUGGAUAAGAAUAUAGUUGGAGAGAGAGCAGGGAAGUCGCAUGCUGCAUGCGUAGACCACAAAUUAAACUGUUGAUAACUAAACUUUGAUAUUAGUUUGUAAAGAGAAUAUUUUGUAUGUAUUUUUAAUUUACUCUGGCCAUCUCGCGAUUAUCUUUUCUGUAGCAGAAAAAACUAACCUUUUUUUAUCCCAACCUAUUCCUCUCCUUUCCCAAUAAAACGAGCAACAAUAACAACAUUUAGAAUCAAGACCGCAUUUAAGCUUAACCCAAGCAAGUUGUUAAUUUAUUCAAAUUUUAUAUACAUUCAUACCAGAAAGGCCGAGCGACCAAAAGGCAGGGCCUAACCAAUAACUGACCAAUCGCUCCUAGACAAAACCUAUAUCAAUUAAAUUUGGCAUCCUUGUCUUAGUUAAUUGCAACUCAUUGAACAAAAGCAAUUUUUGUUAAAAAUUCUAAACAUAAGUAACUGGAAAGCGAAAUCAUCCAACCUCUAUAAAAGAUGAAUUAUUAUUAGCCUAACGAAAUGUAAUUAAGUAGCCGAAACAAAUUGUUUGACUUAAGCUUUUUUGUACACUACUCUUUUUUUCAUGGUUUAAUAAAUGCGUGCUAAUUUCAGCAAAUUGAAAUUAAA